AUGAACAAUCAGUACGUCCGCCGGGAAAUCUUCUGCGGAAAUACCUGCCAUGACCUCAAGCGCUUCUGGGAACGGGAGAUCGGCAAGCAGACCUACUACCGAGAAUCCGAGGAGUAUCGCCUGGGAAAAAGUGCCCUGAGAAAGCUUAGAGAAGAAUGGAGGCAGAGACUGGAGGCAAAGCUGAGACUUCAGAACAGCCCAGAUGAGGCCAAAAAGCGGGCCAACAUUGGCCGGGAGUGUCUCGCUUCGUCAACACAAGAGGAUUCAAAGCACUGA